UUUUUUUCUCUUUUCGUAUGCAACAACAACAGUAUAUAUGUGUAAAGUAUGACCAUCAUGUUUUCGAGAUUCCCGUGCGGCGAGUAGAUCAAAAAAAAGUUAUUUUGUUCAGUGACAUACAAGCGGUCGUUCCGAAAGCAACCGCCUUACUCGUCAGUCAGUCGACCAAAGUGGUUCCUUUUGACCUCGCAGAAGAAGACAAGAGGACAAAGCGAAUAUCAGCCGAGCUCUUAACAGAGGAUGUGUAUCAAGUGUAUGUGCCGCCGCCACCCUCUCAGGCAGCAGAAGCGGAAGGUCGUGCGAACGCGGAGUUGCAGAUCAAAUUGGAUCAAUUGACCGACAAAGUGGAUCAGCUUGUGCGUCUGGUCAUACAACAACAACAGCAGGCCGUGCUCCCUCCAGGUGCUCUCGAGGAGGAGACGUUGCGUCCUACCACCACAGCCUCUGCGGAAACAGCAGGGUCUUUGGCUUCUUUUGUUCUUCCAGCCGCCGGUAGUCCUCCUCCUCCUCCUUCUCAGCAGCAGCAACCACAACCACAACCACAACCACAACCACCGGUAGGUCACGAAGAAGAGGCAGCCACGGAAGAAGACGACGAUGACGACGAUGCCAUGUCGUCCAACCAACAACAAGAGGCACCUCCUUCUUAUGAAACCUCUGUUUAUAGUACCAUCAAAACAUUGAAUCGUCGGUUGUUGGAAUUCGAGUCGCAUAUACCCAAUAAACACAAAUCACCCAAAUGGUUAUCGAAAAGAAAAGCAUGGGUAGCACAAGUGACCGCAGCGGCUACCUCCUCCACCUCCUGUGAGCCACAGCCACCACAAGGGCAAGAGGAGAGUCGUGAGGACGAUACCCGUGAGCAUGGUUCUCCUCCUCCUCCUCCAACGACGACCACCACAGAGAAUAGUCAUAGAAAUCCUAUCCACGCAUUUGCCAUGUCGCUGAUUCAACUUGAAAUGGCUUUGUUAUGGUCAGCUGUGACAGAAGAGUGGAUUCAACAGGAACGCGAUACGUGGAUCAAUUUACUAGGGAACGCUCGUUCUGAACGUCAUUUAGCAGGAGCCUUGAUCAGUUUGGAAAGACAUACGUUGGUCAUGGAUCCUGAUUGGACUGUGACUCGAGAAGUGUGGGUGAAUGAAUUACUCGACAUCAUGACGCACUUUCUGUAAACAAACUCUCUCUUUUUUUAUUCAAAAACCAAUGGCUUUCCUAAUCUACAAAAAGACUCAAAUGUUCUGUAAAAAAAAAAAAAAAAAAAGAA